AUGGAAACUUUUAACGGAAGAAUCAAAACUAUUAACGAUGCGUUAAUAAUCUUUGAAGCAUGUCAUCAAGGAGUUAUUCAAAGAACUGCUCGUCGUUUAUUAGAAAAAGAAAAAGAAGAGUUAUGUGGUGGGAAAGUUUAUGUUUUUGACGAGAAAGAAUCCGGGAUUAAAAGAUGGACAGAUGGAAGAUUAUGGUCACCAAGUCGUAUUAUAAAAGAUUUCUUGGUGUAUCGAGAAUUAUCAACACGUGAUAGGAAUAUUAAAAGACACGAACCAAUCGAUGAAGUUUUACAAGCUCGUAUCGAAGCUGAAGGUCUAAAAGUUCAUCAAUGUAGCAAAGGAACUUUUAUACUAAGAAAUAACGGUCUACUAAAAAAAACUAUUUCGAUAAAAUUCAAUGGAUCUUAUCAACAUAUGAUUAUUUAUGAAGAUAAUCGAGGUCGCGAAGAAUCAUUAUUGCCACCAAAAGCAUUCGAAGAGUUACGUUAUAUUCAACCAAGCGAAGAUAUUAUUAAAAGUGAAAAAAUGCCUAAAAUUAUUAGAAACUCUGCUCGUAAAAAAGUUAUUAGCAAAAAACGACUAGAUGGUGAUAAUGUUAAAGAUGUUAUAGACAAGGUUGUUUUAGAAAAUGUUGGUCAUGCUUCCACUUUAGAAUAUGGUUUUAAGAUGCCAUUAUUGCAGCGUGAUUUUACCAAGGCAAUUAAUGUAUUUAAAGAAAAUUUAGAAAAUAACAUUUUGGGUAAAAAACAAAAAACGGAUUUUAAUAUCCUUGUCAGUGGAGGAGCUCCAGGGAUAGAUUUUGGGAAUGGAUGUCCACUUGAUAAUACUGACUAUGGACUUUCUUCAUCAAUCAUGCCAUACAUCAAAUGCUUCAACAUUGAUGCUGUGUUUCAGAGCAUUGCUGAACAUUUAGAAUCUGCAACUCUUUAUUUCUUUAAAGAUAUGGUCAAUGAACUUGCAACAUUUAUGAUGAAUAGACUAGAAGCAUUUGUUCAAAUAUUCCUUUCAGGAACAGCUCCACAAGUUGUCAUUUCAGCUAAGGAGCCAUCUAGAGUUUCAUUUCAUUUUGUUGAAUGUCCAUUGUUAUCAAUGGCAUCUAUGAUUAAGAUUGUAGAUCACUUUGCAGAGUCAUGUAAUGCAGAAAAAUUUGAAUGUGGUGAAUAUAAAUGGAAGCUAUGUAGACCAUUUCUUUAUCUUUUGGGGGACACAGGAGGAUUGCCUUGUGCAUUAGAUCAAAGAGAAACUUAA